AAGUAGGGGGAACAUUCAGUGCACCUGCACAGUGAGUGAAACAAUAUCGGGUCUCGGAAUAUCACUGUUUAUACCCUUCUUUCUCUGGAAGCAAGACUGAUCCCACCCAAAAAGGAGAAAUAUAGGCUACAGGUUGAUAUUAAGAACAUCCAUUCUGGUCAACUCCCAGACCUCCGCCUUCCAUCCGGUCCACAUGACUGAGCCAUGCAGAAGCCGUGAACAGCCCACCAACACCUGCAUUCUCGGUUAAAACAGGAUGUCAUCGGACAAUGAGAAUGGAGUCAGUAGGUCUAGCAAUACCAGCCGAGAGAAAAUGUACAAAAAGACCACUUCAUCUGCCCUUAAAGGAGCCAUCCAGCUGGGCAUUGUUUACACAGUUGGGAACCUGACCUCAAAACCUGACCGAGAUGUGCUCAUGCAGGACUUCUAUGUGGUGGAGAGUGUAUCCUUACCCAGUGAGGGGAGCAAUCUUACUCCAGCGCACCAUUUUCCAGACUUCCGUUUCAAGACAUAUGCACCGUUGGCUUUCCGCUACUUCCGGGAGCUGUUUGGGAUCAAGCCAGAUGAUUACUUGUAUUCCAUUUGUAAAGAGCCCUUGAUUGAGUUGUCUAAUCCGGGUGCCAGCGGCUCGCUCUUCUACCUGACCAGCGACGAUGAAUUCAUCAUCAAAACUGUCCAGCACAAGGAGGCGGAGUUUCUACAAAAACUGCUUCCAGGAUACUACAUGAACCUCAAUCAGAACCCGAGGACUCUCCUACCUAAGUUCUAUGGGCUUUACUGCAUUCAGUCUGGAGGCAUCAACAUUCGUCUUGUGGUUAUGAACAAUGUUUUACCACGAUCUUUAAAGAUGCAUUACAAAUAUGACCUGAAAGGCUCCACGUACAAGAGGCGGGCAUCACGAAAAGAGAGGGAAAAGGCCUGCCCCACAUAUAAAGAUCUAGACUUUGUGGACAUGCACGAUGGCUUGUACUUUGACACAGAGACUUAUAACGCCCUUAUGAAAACGUUACAGCGAGACUGCCGGGUGCUGGAGAGUUUUAAGAUCAUGGACUACAGUUUGCUGCUAGGGGUGCAUGUGUUGGACCAAAGUCACAGAAGAGACGUCACUGUUGUGGAUGGCAGGAGAACUGUAGCACAGAGAGUUCUUUACUCCACUGCCAUGGAGUCAAUUCAGGGAGAUGGCAAAGCUGCUGAGGCCUUGACAACGGAUGACACAAUGGGCGGUAUUCCUGCAAGAACACACAGGGAUGAGAAGCUACUUAUUUUUUUAGGCAUAAUCGACAUUUUACAGUCUUACAGAUUCAUGAAGAAGUUGGAACACUCAUGGAAAGCACUCGUCUAUGAUGGUGAUACUGUGUCUGUGCACAGACCGAGUUUCUAUGCAAACAGAUUUCUCAAGUUCAUGAGCACCAGAGUAUUUAGGAAGAUUCAUCCAAAUCGUUACUCCCCAAGCAAAAGGGCGCGGAACUCCAUAUCUGCACUGAAGUGCUCCUCUCAGGAGGUGCUGUCCUCACAGGAGGAGAAGAGUGAGGAGAGGGCGGACAGACUUGGAGGAGCGCGUAGUCUAGCCAGUCUUGAAGGACAAGUGUUCUGGUCCUAUAACCGUCCUGACCUGGUUCCUCGAACUCAUUACCUAUACGAGGCCUCUUCCUUGAGCCACACCCUCUCUCCACCCCCAGUGUUCGUCUCACCCCCACACUACCUGGAGGCCAGAUCAAACAAAAGAUGUGGCAUUGUGUCUUGCUCAAGUUUUACAUUGGAGGACAGCGCCAUCUGUCUGUCGUCCGAGCAAAGCACCAUGGACAUAGAUCGAGAUGAUGAGUCAGUGCUGGACGUCUACUUUUGAGGAGCCAAAUGAGAUUAUCCUUAAUCAUCUUUCAGUCCUCCUCAUCAUCUGCUUCUGUGGUCCUCUGGAUGUGCCAAGAGCACCCCCUGCAGCCAAACAAUUAAAACACACAAUUGUGCAGAUAUUCGCCAAUAUAACAGCUACAACUGCCAACAUACAUAUCUGUACUGUACAUCAAAUCACAAUACAAAACUUUUAAAAAGAAAAGAAGCAUUUACAGUGCACCAAGAUUUAGUCCCAAGAGUUGUAGCUUUAAGUGGCCUGAGAGGUCACAUAAUCUUAUACUCAUGGAUGCUAUCAACCCAAAAAGCAGAGCUGACUGUGUUUUUGUGAUUCUUCACCACAAAAGAACUUUACAGAUCUUAGAUAAAAUGGCAGCUCUGGGGUCCGACUGAUGAAAGACUUGACUUCAUGUGUUUUAAUCAUUCUUUUAGGAGACAUGCAAUAAAUUUGUUAAUCUGUUAUGCAAACAGUUUCUAAAUGGCUAUCCACUAUACAGUACCUCUUAAAGGGAUAGAUAUCACGAUACAAAUUAAUUUAGCCAUGUUGUUCUAAACCCGUAUGACUUUGUUUCUUUUGUGAAACACAAGAAUAUUUUAGGCAAUUUUUGUCUCAGUCACCAUUCAGUAUAUGGAAAAAGAUGCAAUGAAAGUGAAUGGUGACUGAGGCUAACAUUCUGCUCUUUUGUAAGUCAUAUGGGUUUGAAACGACAUAAGGUUCAGUAAAUGAUGACAGAACUUAAAUUUUUGGGUGAACUAUCCCUUUAAAGGACUUUAGUGGCCUUGAUGCAAUGCUUAGUAACUCAAACUCUAGAUAACAAAGCGGUUUAAAUAUUUUUGAAAUGUGCAAUUUUCAUACGUUAUGCAAGUGUGUUGUUGUAGUUCUCCUUACUGGAGUAAUAAUCUUGACAUUUGAAUUCCAAGGAAACACACAGUUUCUAGGAAACAGUCAAUGUGUGACUUCAGUUCUCAAAUCUAUGAGCACAGACAUGCCAUGUACUGUAAGUGUAUGUUUAACUUUCACUGUACAACUUUAGUCUUGCUCAUAUUUAUGCCGAUACAUCAGCUCCUGAUAAUCAAGGGUGGAAUACGUAUCAACAGUCAACAUUUAUACUCUGCAAAAGAAAAAGAAAAAAAUCUUAGUCAAUAUUUUUGUCCUUAAAACUUGAAGUAAACAAAAAUGCUCAAAUUGUUUUGUUUUUCUAUUGUGUUUAGCAUAAAUGUAACAAUGUAUUAAGGUUUAUGCUUAAAUAAUAUAAAAUCUAUUUGCCAUUUGAGGUUAAGAAAAAAUAACUUCUUGAAGAUACAGUAUAUUCUCUGAAAACAUCUCAAGUAAAUUUAACUUGUUAAGGACGUUUAAAUAUUUUAACUGGAAAAGACAAAAAUAUUGAUAAAGAAAUUAAUUUUUGCAGUGCAAGUCUACAGUUAAGACAAAUGCCAGAAUUGUUUUGUGCUUAAAUGCAGAUAAGAAACUCUUUAAUGUGGGACGGGGAGAGUUUCAUACAUGCAAAUGUAUUCUCCCAGGACAUCCUUAUUUCCGAAGGCAUCAAAUGAAUUGCUUUAUCUUAAAUGCUAUGCUUCUAUGAUUUUAAAUACUGUCAGAAAUGUCUUUAAAUAUUAUUGCAUAUUUUUUUUGUUUUGA